UGGAGCACCUCGUGGAUCUGGAAGUGCCUCCCGUGGGGCUUCAGCAGGAGUGGGCGAUCGUCGUGUGCCAGAGCAAGAAGGCCUACGGCUGCGGAGAGCACGGCCAGAAGGUGGUGAAGGGCCUCACUCUCUACGCCCGCCUCGUUAGCUCCCCGGGUCUCACCUCCGCCUUGUACAUCCAAGCGAACGACGACGCGCUUCGAGGAAUCCAAGCGGAGUUCGGCGAGGGCAUCUCAUCAAGUUCGGCGACGACCGCAUGUUCCGUGCCAAUGCCUGCGUCGCGGCAGCGGACGAGCGCUUCAUCUUCCUCGACUUGCUCUUUCGCCUCAGGGACCAUGACGAUUGCCAGUACUACCUGAUCUACGACUCCACCGCCGCGUCGCUUUCCAUGAUCCCCUUCCUUCCGGAGGAGUGUCCGAUCGCUUACACGCCGACGCCCCUCCACGUGCCCCGCGGCGGCGGUUACGAACUGGUCCUCUUGGCUCGAGCUCGCAAGUCGGUGCCUCCGCCGCCGGGAAGAUGGGACCUGCGCUACGAUGACGUUCUCUGAGUGUGGACACCGGCUGCAACCGCGGAGGAGCCGGCGUGUCGCGACGGCAUCCACCCAUGGCAGAAGCGGGGGGCAGUGGCGCUUCCCGAAAGAGAUCCAUGAGCCCUUCGCCGCGGACGUGAUGUUCUCGUUCGAAGGCAAGACUUUCUGGGUCGAUCUCUUGCAGGGCCUCGUGUACUGCGAUUGGCCCACCGCCGACGGGGGCUCCGUCGUGGACUUCGGCUUCAUCGACCUGCCCCCGGGGUGCCCUCCUGACCCGAGGUGGACGACACCCAAGUUCGAUCCGGAACUUUUGUUUUCGAUGACCAGGGACCGGACCAUGGGCUGCGUCGCGGGCUCCAUCAGGUUCGUCUGCAUCGACCGCUCCAGACGACGUGGCGGCGUGAAUGUGUCCGUGUGGACUCUGGACCUGGCAACCCAGCUGUGGACGAAAGACAAGGAGUUCCGCGCCAAAGAGCUCUGGAGCCAGUGGAGCUUCCAGAGGGAGGGGUUGCCGGAGAUGGAGCCCAGGUUCCCCGUCCUCAUGGCGGAUGGUACCCUCUGCCUCUUGUUGCGUAACAAGCCCAAGAGAAUGGAGGAUCCCACGGAGGAUUACAUCUGCAACCUCGACUUGGGCAGGAUGUGUGUCCUGUGGUCCGGACGCCUCCGCCAGUACCAUACCGAUGCUCAUCCUGUCAUCUUGCCUUUCAAUUUCUUUGGGAAGCUCUAUCCUCUCGUUCCACGCAAGAGAGAGCUGAGGGGCAUCUUCACGCAGAAAUGACUGACUGGAGCCGGGUAGUUACACUGCUUAUACUUCCUUAAUUUGUGAAUUACUAACCUUAUCUUGUUUACAAUUCUAAGUUUUUAAUUUGUUUUUGUUCGGCAACAAGGGAGGGAUUGGAGUCAGGGGCCUCCUACUGGAUCUGGACGUACUUUUUGCCUGGUUACUUGUUAGGGAUCAUGUUCCAAGUGCCAAAGAUUGCCUCUAGGGUUUCUUUUGCUUCUGCCGUCAAUGUUACGACUCCAAUUUAUCAUCACCUAUCUGUGCUUGUCAUUUGAUCUUGAUGCACUUGUGAAACAUGAAUUUAGCUGCUUGUUUAUCAAUUCCUAGUCUCUGUGUCGUACUAAUAGUUCUGUCGUAAAAAACCAAGUGUUAUGUGGGGCGAUGUCUCCCGAUUAAUCUAUUACUAUGCGCCUUGCCUGAUGAUAUCAUUAUUUCUUGUCUCAGGAUGUAUCUUUUAUUUGCAUUGCCUGAUGUUUGUACUGCGCACGUUGGCAUAAUCGCUGAAGCAUGCUGUUUUCCCCGUAUUCAGUUCGUGUUUCUAAUGCAUCCUUGAGUUCCCUUAUUUCUGUUUCUGUCAAAGAUGCUAGACAUUUUAGUUAUAGGUAAACUAUUGCGCUGAGUCACAAUGGACUUCCUGGAAAGUUGGACCUAUGCCAUUAGCAAUUUAAUCUGAAGUUUUUAUUGUGAUUCGGCCUAUAAUUCUCAUGUUUGUACUGUGCACAUUGGCAUAAGCCAAGAAGCAUGCUGUUUUUACAGAUUCAGUUGGUGUUUCUAAUGCAUCGUUGAGUCUAUAAAUGUCUCUUUCUGUCGAAGAUGCUAGACACUUCUGUUAUUGGCAAACAGUUUGUGGCUUUUGAUUUUGAGUCUCUCAAUGUCCGCUUUUGUUUUGCAGUACCGCUGAAAAACCAGAGCUCAAAAGGAUCACGAGGAUGGGAGCAUGGAUCGAGAACAUUUCCUUGAAACUGUUUUUUGGCUUAGUACUAUCUUAAUCAUACCAUGUAAUGAAUUAUUUGCUUGAAAUGCACCAAGUCGGUGAAUGCUGGUGGGCACCUCUGUGGUCUUGCUUGAGCAUGUAGAACCGCUACGAUCAGACAACUAUUGCAUUGCUAUCGUGCUGUUUUGGAAUUUUCAGCUGAAAGGCU